GUUAGUACUUGCUAGUCAGUUGUAACAAGUCCUUUCUUCAAGACAGUCCUCAAAUUAAUAAUUGCUGUUGUACUUAAAAAUAAAAUUAUAAAAUAAUUUUUAGUUUAUAAAAUCAGAUAAUUUAAUAAAUUACCAAUUAUUAAAGAUGUUUCGCGAUAUAAAAUCAGUAAACGCGCCUCAAAAUAGGACUUUAUCAGUACCAAAAUCGAGUGACAAAGAAAAUUCUGAACCAGUUGCCUUUCAGCAAAGAAAAUCACUUGGAGCAAUACCCAAGCAGUUUAAUCAAAAUUCUGUUAAAAAAGCGCGUCCACGAUUAGUCAGCAUCGAAAAUAUCACUGAAAAAUUUCGUAUAAAAAAUUUUGUAGCAACUCAGGAUUUCGAAAAUUUUUCUCCUACGCUAGAAGCAGCCGGAACAUUUCAAGAUUCGCGUUUUGCCAUAUACAAUAUAGAAAAAGGAACUACGGUAAUAAGAAGCAAGCUAGAGAAAAAAUGCAAACCAGCUGCCGAGAAAAAUGAUUUAAAAGUUGAUUCUGGUGACAAAAAACUUGAAGACAAAACUGGUAAUUUGGUUGGAGCUCAAAGCGAGGAGAAGAGUCCCAAGGUUUCAUUGCCAAAGAAAGUUCGGAUCAAAGAACCAGAUACUAUUUUCCCGGAGGUUUUCGAUGAAGGAGAUUUGGCUGCGGGUUACAGCUUUCAGAAAACUCCGGCGAAAUUCCCACCGAAAGUCGAUGAUUUGUCGCAAAAAAGUAAGUUCAAGGUUGUUAAACACUUUUUCUCGGAUGUCCAGCAGAACGGAAGUUCUGAAAAAGUCAAGAAAGUUUUGAAACGGCGCAUGUCUGGAAAAAUGUUGGAAAAUCUGGCGCAUUUUGAAGUUGAUGGUGAAAAGGGAGUGAAGAAUACGGUGAAAAGUACUGUUGUUAUUUUGCCCGUCAAGCGAAUCCAGGAAUUGAAGGAUCAGGAUAAAAAACUAAAAGAAACUCCAGAGGAUACUAGGGAAUUUUUGCCACCUCUACAGAAUGUAAAAAAAGUGAGAUGUGAGGCUUCAAAAAAUAUAACAAUUAAAAAAAAGGUAUGCAAUCCUUCUUUCUAUGGUAAGGAUUCCAUAGAAUACGUCAAAGACCAUCUUAAAUUUUUCGAGGAAAAAGAAUGUAAUCGUCAAUCAUUUUCGUCCACUACCCGGCGAUUAAACAUCUCAUCGACUCAACGCCAGAUCCUUGUAAGAAAUUUGAUAAAUAUCAACAAACAGUUUAAUUAUCCAGGAUUCCUUACCUACAAUGCAGUUCGCCUAUUGGAUGAUGUAUUGUCACUUUCGCCAAAUGUUCCAGUGGAAAUGUUACAGUUAAUUCAACUCACUUCGCUGUGGAUCGUAUUGAAAAAAGAUCACGUUUUUCAUCGUGUUCCUCUGAGUGAAAAAAUAGCUCAGUUGUCAAGUGGAGCAUAUAGUAAAAAUGAGAUCGUUCAAUGUGAGCGUGAAAUUUUAAAACUCCUAAAUUUUGAAAUAUCGUAUACGGAUGUAGCAUCAACAGUGAAUCUUUGCAUUGUGUCGGAUCCCAAGCUCGGCAACAUCAAUUUCGAUGAUAUUUAUUUAAUGUACUAUUUCUCGGGCUAUAUGAUUGAUGUCUCAUUGUUUGAUGAGGAGCUAAUGAAGGAGUCUGCAAUGUUACUAGCAUCGACAAUCGCCGACUUAUCAGUAGUGAUGAAUAUGUCUAAGAUUACAUCAAUCGCAGAUAUUUCAGCUGAUGAUUGGACACCUAGUUAUGGAAAAUGCUUCCCGGAAAAGGAUAGAGUACGUGUCCGCUCCAUGAUCAUACGCCAAAUAUUGAAGUCCUUCGAGCCGGGCACCAUGGAAUAUAUUGUUUACUUGAAGUACAAGAGGUCUCGUUACGGGGGAGUAUCAAAAUUUAUAAUCUUGAAAUUAGAGAACUUAGUAUGAUUGAAAUUUUUGAAUCAAUUUUAUUAGUACAAAUAUUAUUUGCUAAAAGUCAUCAAUUUUCUAAAUUUCAUCAUCAAGUAUUAAAUUAACAAAUUAGUUCAAUUUUUUAAUAUGAGUUGAUGAUAACUAAUGGCUGAUAACAUUUGUUAUAUUUGAUGAUAUUUAUUAAUUUUCUAUACCAAGAAUAAUUUUAAUAUUUAUAACCAAAAUUAUUACUAAGUUUUAUAAGUGAUAAAAUAUUUUUAUUUUUACAAAAAAUAAAAAAUUUAUGAUUAGUAAGUAAGGUAUGCUGAUAAGAGAAA